GUGUGAGGCAGAUUGCAGAACUGUCGGCGAAAGCGCAGAUGCCUUCACAGAGCUGGACGGACUGUUCUAAACAUCUGUUAUACCAUAUAAAAACGGGAACGACUGGAUUGGAGAGCAAGGACUCUAUAAUACCAGUCUGAAGUCUGUCAGAUGCUGUCCUUUAGAGAUGAGUCCCUAGUGACACCUCACUCCUGGACCCUCUCUAUGAUCCUAAGUACGGGAGUGGUUGUUGCAGUGACCAUGACGGCGUCAACGCUACAGACCAAGUCUUUUGCUGGACUUGUCAUCUUCCACCUCCUCUCUCUGCCUCUGGUCACAUCAGAGACCUCAUCAUUCUCAACGAAUUUUGACCCCAAGUCUGUGCCCUCUCUGCCUGAAGAGUGUCAGAGAAAAGUGCACCCUGUUACUUCCUACACAGCUUUGAGUCCGUGGCUGUUGUCUUUCUCUUUGCCUGGAGUGAAUGAUUACUCACCGCUAACUCUCGACCUCACCAGAAACCAGCUGAUAGUGGGAGCCAGAAACCAUCUCUUCAGGCUGAGUCUGAGCAACAUCUCUCUCCUGCAGGCAUCGGAAUGGGGUGUAGACGAGACCACCAGGAGAUCCUGCCAGAGCAAAGGAAAAACAAAGGAUGAGUGUCAGAACUACAUCCGUGUCCUCCUGUUGAAUGGCAGCCGUUUGUUCACCUGCGGCACUAAUGCUUUCAUGCCCAUUUGUACGACGCGCCCCGUCACUGACAUCGCAAAUAUUCUGGAUACUGUCAGCGGAGUGGCCCGCUGUCCCUAUGACCCAUGGCACAACUCUACAGCUAUGAUAACUGAGAGUGGAGAAGUUUAUGCAGCCACAGUGACCGAUUUCUCAAGCCGGGACCCCAUUGUCUACCGCAGUCUGGGGAACAUGCCACCACUGCGCACCGCCCAGUACAACUCCAAAUGGCUCAAUGAGCCUCAUUUUGUCUCGGCAUAUGAGGUGGGUCGCUUCACCUUCUUCUUCCUGAGGGAGAAUGCAGUAGAGCAGGAUUGUGGGAAGACAGUGUUCUCUCGUGUGGCCCGUGUGUGUCAGAAUGAUGUCGGAGGUCGUUUCCUGCUGGAAGACACCUGGACCACCUUCAUGAAGGCUCGACUGAACUGCUCUCACUCUGGAGAUGUUCCAUUCUACUACCAUGAGCUGCAGAGCACCUUCUACCUGCCUGAACAGGAUCUUAUCUAUGGAGUCUUCACCACCAAUGUGAACAGUAUUGCUGCUUCAGCAGUUUGUGCAUUUAACCUCAGUGCCAUCACGCAGGCCUUUAACGGACCCUUCCGUUAUCAGGAAAACCCUCGAACCAGUUGGUUAUCAACUCCAAACCCCAUCCUAAACUUUCAGUGUGGGACGGUGAAUGAUUCAGGUCCGGUUGGUAAUCUAACUGAACGCAGUCUACAGGACGCCCAGCGGCUCUUCCUCAUGAGUGACGUGGUCCAGCCCAUCUCCACAGAUCCUCUGGUCAUGCAGGACAACAUCCGCUUCUCCAGACUGGCUGUGGACAUCGUGCAGGGUAGAGACACGCUCUACCAUGUCAUGUACAUCGGCACAGAGUAUGGUACCAUCAUCAAGGCCUUGUCCACGGCCAAUAAGAGUCUGCGUGGAUGUUACCUAGAGGAGAUGAGAAUUCUCCCAGACAACGUGCAGGAACCAAUCCUGAGCCUGCAGAUCCUGCACAGUGAUAGGUCACUUUUCGUGGGGCUUCACAGCAGAGUACUGAAAAUUCCACUGGAGCGAUGCUCCAACCACUACACUGAACAGGACUGUCUGGGUGCCAGGGACCCGUACUGCGGUUGGGACAGGAAACAGAAACGCUGCACAACCAUCGAGGACAGUUCCAACAUGAGCCAGUGGAGCCAAGAUAUCACAAAGUGUCCAGAACGGAACCUCACCCAAGAUGGUGGAUUUGGCAGUUGGUCACCUUGGCAGCCUUGUAACCAUGAUGAUGGUGGUGAAGGCAACAGUACAUGUCAGUGUCGAUCGCGACUCUGUGAUAACCCACAACCCCAGUGUGGAGGAAUGAAAUGUGUAGGGGCCAACAUAGAGGUGUCUAACUGCUCCAGGAAUGGAGUCUGGACUCCCUGGUCCUCCUGGGCAGAUUGUAGCACCAGUUGUGGCAUCGGAUUCGAGGUCCGUCAGCGUUCCUGUAACAACCCAGCUCCCAGACACGGAGGGCGCGUGUGUGUGGGUCAGGCACGAGAGGAGAGAUUGUGUAACGAAAACAAUCCAUGUCCGCUUCCGAUAUCCUGGGUUUCAUGGAGUGCUUGGUCCACGUGUAGUGUUGCGUGUGGUGGUGGAGUGCAGUCUCGUGUUCGCUCCUGCGAGAACGGCAAUACGUGUCCUGGUUGCCCGUUGGAGUAUAAGGCGUGUAAUUUGGAUGCGUGUGCAGAGGUGAGGCAGAACACUCCCUGGACGCCUUGGUACCCUGUUAAUGUGACCCAAACGGGGGCAAGACAGGAGCAGAGGGUGAGGUACACCUGUCGGGCUCUCCUCGCUGACCCUCAUGACCUGCAGCUCGGCAAACGCAAGAUAGAGACGCGAAUCUGCCCCACCACUGACGGAGCUACUGUCUGUGAGACUGAUGGUCUGGUUGAGGACUUGUUGAGAAUGGGUCGACCCAUUACACGAGUGCAAGGUGCUGCCUGGUCAUCAUGGGAAACAUGGUCUUCAUGUUCUAAGGAGUGUUCUAAGGGCUUCCGAACACGCAAGCGCUACUGUGGCACGCCGGAUGGAAAGAGCAUUCCGUUUGCUUGCAGCGGGAUGCCAGUCGAGUAUCAAGACUGCAACAUUGAGCCAUGCCCAGUGAAGGGAGCAUGGUCGUGCUGGUCUACCUGGUCUCAGUGUUCGACUUCCUGUGGGGGCGGGCACUACCAGCGCUCGCGUACCUGCUCUAGCCCCACCCCUGCUCAUUCUGGAGAUAUCUGCAUCGGCUUACACACGGAAGAAGCUCUCUGCAAUACACACGAGUGUGAAGGUGGAUGGGGGGCGUGGUCAGAAUGUAACGAGGAGGGGCUUCAGAUUCGUAGUCGCGCAUGUGAAAUAAGCCCCGCCACUUGCCAAGGAAAUACUACAGACCAGAGAGAGUGUCCGCCCAAUGAGAGCGCAGUGAUCUCGACAGGACAGAAGAGGAGCACAAACUGCAAAGGGUUCUCUCUGUUUCACUUGGUGCUGACUGGCGUUUGCUGUUUUCUGGGAGCCAUUCUUGUGUCUCUCCUGGUGUACGUGUACUGUCAGAGACUCCGUAAACCCCCCCAAGAGUCUGCAGUGAUUCAUCCCAGCACCCCCAAUCACCUGCAAUAUAAGGACAACAGCUGCGUGCCCAAGAACGACUUAUACACACCCAUGGAGUUCAAGACUCUGAAUAAGAAUAACCUGCUUCCGCCAGAUGAAAGCUGCAACUUCUUUCAUUCACCUUUGCCACAGACCAACGUCUACGCCACCACAUACUACCCCUCUCCUCUUGGCAAAUAUGAAUUUCCUUCCCUGGAUUCACCCUGUAGCUACAUGCACGGUUGAUUUACACACACUCACACACAUUUUAUAUUUGUUUGUGUGUGUGAGACCAUGGUAACACACCCUUAUCUGUCCAUGCAGAUGCAGGUCAAGUGUGUAACCAGAAUCUCAAAUUAAAAGAUGUAGGGAAAUGCGUCAGUGACGUGCAGAUACGAGGGACCCAAUGUAGUUUUCCAGUAGCAUUUUCUUUUGAAUUGGAAGUCACGGGUUCAUUUUAUCACAUAUGUCACAAUAAUCACAUUCCUGACAUUCACGGUGCAUGCAGCACACUUGUUAAAGUUUUACAUUUAUGCAUUUGCUAUACAUUUUUAUUCAUGUAGCGACUUUGUAUAAAUGUGUGUUUUGUGCACUCUGUGGGAUUCGAACCAACGGCUUUGGCAUUCCUAGUGUGACCCUCUACCAGUUGAGCUACAGGAACAAGCAAAAGGGAGUUUUGAGGAUCUCAGUUUGGAUGAAUAAAGUUGUUUUUCCUGACUUUAGUUGUGUGAGAGAGAACCCAUGAAACGCAGAACUCAUUUGAGUUUGUCAAGGAUAAAGGAUUCCAGACAUUUGUGACAUCACACAAUAUGCUUGAACAUCUGUUUCUCCUUUUUUUUGUCCUUUUUAUUGCACCAGAACUUGAACUUUCAGUGCUUGGAUGUGAGAAACCUGGAAUCAGGAUUACUGAUUAUAGCAAUUAACGUCAUGGCAGAUGAGACAGGAAAAGUAUGAAACUGAACAGGGGGCUAUAUCAUAUAUGAUGGAUUUAUAAAACAGGUUGUCUAAUAAAAGGCUUUCUUCUAUGAGCUUUGAUCACGUGGAUAUAUAUGGCUUUCCACUUUUUUCACUCCAUGACAAAUCUGUCAGCCACUGGCUUUCAAAAUACACACAUUUUGAAGGAAUCGUUCAUCCAAAAAUGAUGGGUGUGAACAUUCUGCUAAACAUUUAUUUUUGUGUUUCACCGAAGAAAGGAAGGUAUACAUAUUUGGACAGUAGGGCGAAUAAAAAACAAUUCUUUAAAAUUGACUAUUUCUUUAAAUGAAUUAUUGGUGGAGCAUGUCAGUAUGAAAGAGCACUGUGUGAGUGUUAUUGAACCUAAAGGGAAGUAUGUUUGUAUAUUUGUAGCCGGCAUUAUAUAUUUAUAAGGAAAUUCUUUUUAUUAUAAUUUUGUUUUAUGGAAUCUCCAGGUACCCCUUUUUUGGGUAAUAACUUCCUAAUAUUUGUGUAUACAAUGCAGUAAGUAAAUAUUUUUCUUGAAUAUUGAUAGAGCAACAUAAUUUGUGUGAAACAAAAUAAUAACGGUUUUCAAUUAAAAUUCAGUUUUUAAAUAAAGGUGGUGAGGGAGCAUUGACCCCACACUUGGAGUAAACGGCUCCCUGACUUGGGGUAAUGCAAAUCAUUUUUAGAGAGCAAGAAGCUUUUUUGAGUUAAAAAUUAAGAUGAUGCUUACUUAAAAUAAUUAUUCAACCAUUUCCUGUUCAUUUCAAACAUGUUUGGCAUUUUAUUACAUCUCAAGUAUUCUAUUAACAAACAAAUCUCUAUUAUGAUUUGAUAAGUCAACGGGAGCCCAAUAUGAAACAUUUUCAUAUCAAAUCUAUUCGCCCCACUAAGAAAAUCAAUGUGAUUAAAAAUUGUAUGUACAUGUUUUGUAAAAAUUUUACUUUAUGAAAUAUUUUGUCCAUUUUCUACCAGGCAAGAUUCCAUACACGUCUUAAAGUACAAGUCUAAAAAUGGAGUCAUGAUGUCUCCCUUGAUGAUGUUAUUUUGUGUUUUUGAUUAUGAGAUGGGAUGGCCCAGACUGGUCAGCAGAAUUGGAUGAUGUCAAUUUGUUUAUCAGGACUGGAUGCUGAUUUGGUUUUACGCUGAUGUUGCAUGGAUGCUGCAUUAUCUGAAAUGCAGACGGUUCUCUAUGUAAUACAAAAAGAAAAAUUCACAACACAUGAUCACUAUCUUUAUGCACUGUGACAUUUUUACUAUGUUUUUGUAUGUUGUACAUUGUAAAAAUAAAUAUCCAGCUAGGUGUCAG